CGGAGAGCUUGGCCUACCAUUCGGUUUCCUAACCCUCUCCCGAGGCCCCGCCUCUUCAGCUUCCUUGGCAACUGUUUCUCGGCAGGCUCUGCUUCUCAGGCGAGGUCUCCGGCCCUUGCCUCUCCCAGAAUGCAGCGCGCGGGCGGGAGGUUCGGAAGUGCGGGAACGUGGCGGCUGCAGGAAGUGGGGUCCGCGGCUGAGGUUUAAAAACACCAACUAGAAUCAAUUUGCAUUUGACAGUCGGUUCAACACAAAGACUUCAUAUUGUGAAUGCAUAGCAAACAAGCAAUGUCAUCUAACAAACAAGAAAGGCUCUUGUGUUAUAAUGGGGAAGUCCUAGUUUUUCAGUUGUUUAAAGGAAAUUUUACAAAUAAAGGAGCUGCAAAAAUACCCAUAUUACAAGUCAGAAGAAUGGUAUUUGACAGAAGAACAAGAGCAUUUGUUCAGAAGUCCACUGGAUUAUUCAAAAUGAGGGAAGAAAAUGCUAAUUUUAAAAUUAUUUGUUGCAGCUGUGUGUCAGACUUCAGAACUGGAAUUAACCUCCCUUAUAUUGUGAUACAACACAACAAAAAGAAUAAUGUUUUCAAAUAUUUUCUACUAUUGCUUCACAGUUCCAAUAAAUUUGAAAAGCGAUUGAAUUUUAAACUAGGCUAUGAGUUGAAGGACCGUGUAAGGCUCCUAAAUGGCCCUUUAAUUUUAUGGAUACAUGCCCAAACAGUCUUCUGUAUCUCUUCCAAAAAUGGCACAGUUGUUAGUGUGCCAGCUAACUUUUCCUCUAUUGAGUGGGCAGGGGAGAUUGAAAAUCUAGGUAUUGUCUUAUUAGGACUAAAGGAAUGUUAUUUACCUGAGGAAGGAUGCACUCAAAAGCCUUCAAUAUCAAAAUAUGCGUUUAGGGAUACCGAAUUUUCUUUAUACUCUCUUGAAAGUCAAGAAAUGUUAACUGAUACAUACAUUAUCCCUCAUAUUUAUAGCAGUGUGGUAACUUGUGUUCAUGUCUGUGCAACUGAGAUGGUCCACAGCCAGUUAAGAAUGUCUCUGAUUGCCCUUACUCGAAAGAAUCAGCUGAUUUCAUUCCAAAAUGGAAUUCCCAAAAGUGUGUGCCAGCUUCCCUUUGGAGAUCCUUGUGCAGUUCAACUAAUGGAUUCCGGUGGAGAGGACUUUUUCAUUGUAUCCUUUAGGUCCGGUUGUGCUUGUGCUGUUUGGGAAAACAACUUUCAGGUUACUGCUAAGUGGGAAAAAGUUAGCUCAGUCCUGAUAGAUGACUUUACUGGAACUGGAAUGGAACAAGUACUGAUACUUUUUAAAGACUCCUUGAACUCAGAUUGCCUGACUUCAUUUCAAAUAACAGAUUUUGGCAGCAUAAACUAUUGUAGUAAUACAUUGGAUGACAAUGAAGAUAUUUUAUUUGAAGACAAACAAGAAAGUUUUUCUUUGGUGGUUCAAGCUCUGAAAAGAAGAUUAAAAAUUGGUUUGACUUCUGUUUGGGAAUUACAGAAGCAUCUCUUGCUUAAGGAAAAAGUUAUUUCAAAAUCUUACAAAGCUUUAAUAAACCUGGUUCAAGGGAAGGAUGAUAUUACUAUAUCAAGUGAAGAGGAGGAAGGGCUUGUUCUUCUUUGUGGUGAAAAAGAAAAUCCUGUCCAUAUCUUUGAUGAAAACUUAGACAAUUUUCAAGAUUCAGAGCAUCCAAUAGAGAAGAUGUGGUAUCGUGUAAUAGAUGAUAGCUUGGUUGUUGGAGUGAAAACCACAUCUUCUUUGGAACCGUCCCUGAAUGAUAUGGCUUUAUCACUGGUAUUUGAUCACACCUGUAGCUCCAGCUCUCUGCUUAUUAAGUGUGAAAAUAGGGUGAUCAAGUUGAGCAUGGAUUCUUUCCCAGCACCACCCUCUGUGCCAUAUGAAAUAGGAUCAGAGGCAAAAAGGAUCAAGUUGGCCCCUUAUAGCAAGGAAGAGAAAAGUUAUGUUUGUGAACAACUAUCCAAGAAAGAUUGUGUACAGAUAAUUACUGCUGUAACAUCUCUUUCACCACUUUUAGCACUCGGUAAUUUUUGUUGCAUUGUGCUGCUACAAAUUAGAGAGAGAAAAAAUGGUAACCACUCCGAAGAUCGUUAUAUUUCUUGUGGCAGACUUUGUUUAAGUCUAGAAGAUAUUUCAAGAGGGAAAUACAUAGUAACAUUUCCAAAGGAUAAACCUAUAGAGCACACGGAAGAUCUUUUUGUACUUCUCACAGCAUUACACAAAUUUUGUUUUCAAAUCACAUCAUCUGGCUAUACUCUGCCUCCAUUGAAGACAUGGCUCUUAGAACACAUGAAAUGUGAAGUGAUCAAAGAAUUUCCAGAAAUUUGGUUUUGUAAAAGGCCAGGAAGUUUCUAUGGGACACUCUUCAGCUGGAAACAAAGCACACCAUUUAAAGGAAUUUUAAUAGUGUAUUCCAGGAAUCAAACAAUUUUGUUCCAGUGUCUUCAUAAUCUCAUCAGAGGUCUCCCUAUAAACUGUUUCUUCAAAAAACUAAAAUUAGGAAGUGAGGAUUUCCUAACUGAUCAUUUGGCAUUAACUUUGGAGAAGGAACUGGUAACCCUUAGUUCUCUUUCUUCUGCCUUAGCUGAGGUUGAAAGCAACUUUGUGCAGAGGUGUGAAGCAAGCAAACAAAAGAGCAGUGUCAUUGUGGCUGCUUUAUCAGACAGAGAGGAAGCAAUACAGCAAUACAGAAAAGAACUUCAGAGAGAAAAGGAGCAAAUCACGUUGGGAAUGAACCUAAAAGUGAGUGGUGCCCGUUAUAGAGAAAUUAUCUUGAAAGCAACUGAGGUUCAGGUGAAAACAGACCUAGUUGCACAGAAACUAACCAGUUUGUAAUUACAAUCUAAAUUUGAUUAUAUUUUAAAAUAGGGUUGUUUUUUUUGAGACAAUUUUGGUUCUACUUUUUUUCAUUUUAUGUUAUAUGCCCCCUGUGUUUGAAACUUUUUGUGGUACAAUCUUUGGUUUUGAUGAUGCAGAAAAUAGUGUGACUUAGAUCAGUGGUUCUCAACCAAGGGUAAUUUUUGCUACUCCCACCCUCUGUAUCAGGCAUUUGGCAAUGUCUAGAGACAUUUUGAUUGUCAGAUGUUGCAGGGGAAGUGUGGCGGGGUGUGCUAUUGGCAUCUAUCGAGUAGAGACCAAGGAUGCUGUUGAACAUCUUACUGUGCACAGGACAGCUCCUGACAAAAAAGACUUAUCUAGCCCAAAAUGUUAGUAGUGCCAAGACUGAGAAACCUUCUGCCUUAGAUUCUCCACUUAAAUGAAGACAGUGAUAUAACAGUAUUUUGAUCUAUAUCUUGAAAAAACUUUAACAGUCCUCUUAUUGUAUUCAGCUUAGUAAAACCUAGCAUAGAAAAACAUCAACUUCAAAAAGAUAAAUUGAGCAAGGUUGUCAGGAUUCAUAAUAGUUUCUGUAAACAUCAGGCUUCCAUGGAAAUUGAAAUGGCAGAGUGUCAGUGCAAAUAUUAAAAUGAAAGUGUUCGAAAUCCUUGUUAAUUUAAAUUUUAUUAGAAAGCUUCUCUGAAAUCAUAUAAGUCUAUAGAAAUGUGAUUCCUUGAAAAUUUUACUGUAUUUCUUUGAAAAGCAGAUCUCUUUCAAAAGGCUAAGCAUAUCUCACAGGCCAUUAUUUUUUUUUAAAUUGAAAAUACCUUUAAGCCAUCUGAGAUUCCAACCCUAGGCAAAUCUAAAAUAUAAAAGUCUAGCUAAAAUGACUUUAAAAAAUAGGGCUCUCCUUAGGGGCUGAACAGUUUGUUUAAGUGGAAAUUAUUUAUAAGAGGUCCAAAGAGAGACAUUUCCAAGGGAUAAAAAUUCAACAUAUUCCUUUUUUGGUAAAAUAAGAAUUCUGGAGUAACAAGAGUCUCAGACCAAAAAAAAUGUUCUUGAUCCUUUUUGCCUUAAAAUCCUUAAGUGAGAUGGAAAUUUACUCUUUCAUCUAGUGGCAGUUGAAAGAAAUAAAGAUGAGUAUAGAAAGUGGCAUUUCAUGCUUGCAGCUAUGAAGUGCUAAUUCUUCCUAUGCCUCAGAAGUGUUUGUACCUAAUGAUCUGGCGAUACAAACGGUUUUUAGAGAAUAUAGGUUAUUAGUUUUUGGUCUCAGUUUUUAGGAUUGUCCAUUUAAUAUGCUACUUUUUUCUUAGUAAUCCAUUGCAAAUUGAGAACUCUACAGCUCUGUCUCUAUGAAAUGUUAAUGAAGAAUAUUUCAGACUUUCUGUUUAAUUAGGAUUACUUGUGGAAAUCUGGAAACAGUGUGAAUCAUGUGCUUUCUAUUAAAAUUAUCUAUGAUGUACUAAAAGAGCAACUAAUUGUAAAAUAUAAAAACUCUUAUAAAAUGGAGGCCGUCAAAAGAAAAAAACUAAUCAGGAAUUAAUUGUAAUAGUCUGUUGGUAGGAAAGGAAAUUAAGAUGUUAAAAAUAAGCAUGUUAUUUUUAUUUAUAAAUGCAACCAAAAGGUA